AAGUCCCUAUUUUCUCAUCUGAUUGGGCGCGCGACACGGAAACAGUCCAUGCAUGAUAAUGUGUUCACACUCGAACGCGUCUGUUGUCAACUACAGACUGUAGUAACAGCUCACUAAGUCAGAACAAGGAGUAGCUUCUCGCGGCCAGAAAGUUGCUCAAUUUCUUCGCGGAUUCAACUAAAAGCAAAGAAAAGUGUGCUUUUUAGGCAUCUCUACAUCGUUUCAAAAUGGAUCAAACUGGAGGAUCUUCGGUGGCUCGCCAUUUCGGAGUAUGGGACUAUGUCGUGUUCGGCGUCAUGCUCCUCGUGUCGGCUCUCAUCGGCAUCUUCUCGGCGUUUUCCGGAGGUCGACAACGGACUGCGGAAGAGUUCCUGGUCGGUGAUCGGAAGAUGAGCAUCAUCCCCGUCGCCAUGUCCAUCACCGUGAGCUAUAUCUCGGCCGUAUCCGUCAUCGGGACACCCGCCGAGAUCUACAUCUACGGGACCAUGUUUACAUGGGUUUUGGUGACGUAUGUGUUGGCAAAUAUCCUUCUCUGUCGGCUUUUCCUACCCAUCUACUUCAGAAUUCGCAUCAUUAGUGUUUAUAAGUAUUUGGAGCUGCGUUUUAAUCGAGAAUUAAGGCGGUGUGUGACUCUCAUUUUCUCCGUUCAGACGGUGCUUUAUAUGGGGAUUGUAAUGUAUGCACCGGCACUUACUUUGAACGCAGUAACGGGCUUUAGUCUUUGGGCCUGUGUCCUGUCUACUGGAGUCGUCUGCAUCUUCUAUACUACAGUGGGCGGUAUAAAGGCAGUUCUAUGGACAGAUACACUGCAGGCGGUAGUCAUCAUGAUCGGCAUCAUUGCCUUCAUCAUCAAAGGAACCAUGGAAGUCGGCGGUCUCGAGAAAGUCUGGGAAAUCACAAAGGAGGGGAACCGAGUCCACUUUCGCGAGAUAAGUGCUGAUCCCAGGGUUCUCUAUAGCGUCUGGAGUAUGUUGGUCGGUUAUACCUCAUGGAAUCUCGCUACUGGUGCGGGGCAAGUAGUCGUUCAGAGGAUGCUGACUUGUGGAUCACUGAAAAAGGCAACGCAUGCUAUCAUCUUGGCAACCAUCACCAAAGUUUUCGUCAUAUUUAUCUGCAUUUUCUCUGGCGUGGUGAUGUACGCCUACUACGUGAACUGUGACCCCUUAACGCAUGGCGUAGUAACAAACAAGGAUCAAAUUAUGCCACUGAUGGUGAUGGAGUUGUUCGCUGAAAUGCCCGGCUUACCAGGCCUCUUUCUCUCUGCAGUGGUUAGCGCUUCACUUAGCACUCUUUCAUCAGGCAUCAAUUCUCUAGCCGCCGUGGCAGCUGAAGACGGCGUGAAAGCCAUGUGGCCAAACAUGCGACCCCAAACCUACGUCAAGAUAACUAAGAUGUUGGCUCUGGGAUACGGUAUUCUAGCCAUUGGAUUCGCAUUUCUAGCAAGCGUACUCGGGCAAGGAAUCUUGCAGCUCGUACUGAGUAUUGACGGAGUUUUCACUGGAUGCACUAUGGGUGUUUUCAUCCUAGGUAUUUUCAUGCAUCGCUGCAAUUACAAGGGGGCUAUCGCUGGGUUGGUAUGCAGUAUCCUCUUUAACAUUUGGUUAAAGGUCGGCGCCAUUCUUUACCCCUCUACCAGAGGUCAAUAUCCCCUCUCGGUGGAGGGAUGUGAGAGUUUUAACUCAACGAAUUCAAUGUACACUGACGCAACGACUGAUGCGUCAAUGUAUACUGACGCAACGGCUGAUCCUGGCUAUUCAUUAGUUACGCCAACAGCGAUGGGGGUAGACCCUCCGCACAGACCGCCGAUAACUAACCUGUAUGCAAUCUCCUUUCUGUACUACACACCCAUCGGCGCCUUGGUCUGUGUUACGGUUGGGAUGAUUGUUAGUCGAAUAACUGGUUUCACUGAUCCCGAUUCGGUUGAUGCUCGAUUGAAGUAUAACAUCACAGACGCCGUCUUCUGUUGUUUGCCUGAAUCCCUUAAGAAAUGGAUACGCUGUGGUGUAGAAAAAAUAAACUACCAAGAUGAUGUCGAUGAUGGGGACAAAGUCAUCGUUGUACAACAGUCGCCAAAUGAGCUACGGGAUGUCUACUCGAAAAUAAGCCUGCAAGACAUCAACGCCAAUAGUCAUGCUGCAGAACCACCUGUCGAAACCAAAGAAACGCAUCAAUAG